ACUUGGUGCCAACUGCCUAGUGCCAACUCGUAUGCACCGAGUUUACGGCGACCUGGAUAAGAUUGGAGAAACCGAGAAGCCAUUGUUGGGCGACUUUGAGGUCCGUGAGGCAGCGAUUUGUAAAACCCUCUUUUUAAACGAAGCAAAGGUGAUUUCAAUGCUUAUGGGAGUAGCAGCAGGGCAGAGUUUGGUGACAUUUUGGAGUUCAGACUGAACAUAGUCUCUGGAGCGUAUCUAGUUUUAACAAUCAGGAUGACUGUUUUUGCAGUAAAGAAAUUCUGCCCUUUAUUUUCCAACUCAAUUGAGAAAACUCCAAAACCUCGCCCACAGUAUAAAUUGCGGGCUGGAAACCAUUUAGUUCCAUCUUCUCAAGAGACCUUGUUUCGUAGAAGGCCUGUUCUCAUAUGUAAUGGAGCUUCUUUGGUUGCCAUUUUGACCCAUAAUGUUGCUUUAACACCACCAUUAGCAAGAGCAGAGGAAAAGGACCUGAAAGAUCAAGAGGAUGACGGAACUAAUGGCAUUGUUGGGGCUAUUCAAUCCUUGUUUGAUCCUAAUGAAAAAACAAAGUCUGGGAAGGUAUUGCCGAAGGCCUACUUGAAGUCAGCUAGAGAAGUUGUGAAAACUCUUCGUGAGUCAUUGAAGGAAGACCCCAAGGAUAUUACCAAAUUUAGAAGGACUGCAGAUGCUGCAAAGGAAUCGAUCAGAGAGUAUUUAAAUAAUUGGAGGGGUCAACAACAAGUGGUGACAGAGGAAUCUUAUGUUGUUCUUGAGAAAGCAAUUAGAUCGCUGGCCAGCUUCUACUCAAAGGCAGGUCCAUCAGCAUCUCUAUCCGAGGAGGUGAAGUCCAAAAUUUUGGAUGAUCUAGACAUGGCAGAGACAUUUUUGUAACCCAAAUAAUCCUAUUAAGUGAAUGUAUUAGUACAAUUCACAGUUCCAUAAUAUCUUUCUGGUCAUUCUUUU